AUGUGGCGUCUCCGCAGGUACAGGCCGAUGCCCAGGCCCACCACCACCAGGCACAGCAGGCCGCCCACCACGCCGGCCGCGAUGGAGGGGAUCUUGGAGCUGCAGCACAGGAGGGGAAGCAGAAACAGGAAAGAAUCCUUAGGACAGGCGGAGGUGUCCAGGUCGGAGCCACAGCGGGUUCCCGGAGCGGUGCUUACGGGAACCCCGCGGCUCUUCCCCGCCGCCUCGGUGCAGGGGAGCCGGGAGCGGCUGUGCCGGGCUGAGGGAGCCGGGGAGCGCUCUCCGGGGCAACGUGGGAAGGGGGGAAAUAAGCAGUCGGGGCUUUCCCUCCGCCUCUCCCCGCGGGUGGCCGCGGCACGCAGCCGCCCGCAGCCCCGAAUCCCCGCUCCCUCGGGACGCAGCAGGCAAAGAGCGGCGGGCCCCCCGCGGCCCCCUACCUUUCUUUCCCUCCACGGCGAGGCAGAGAGCGAGGCGCCCCAGCAGCAGCACCAGGACAGCGGCGCGGCGGGGCCCGGCGGCAGCGAGGGGGCUGCGGCCGCCCAUGCUGCGGGAGCGCCGCUCCCUCGGCGGAGCGCGGGGGGUCGCACGGGACGGGACGGGACGGGACGGGCGCACGGGCGGUUCCGCGGAGCCGCUCCUGCUUCGCUCUCCUCCCGCGGCAGCGAUCAGCUCCUCUCCGGCGCUCUGCCCUGCGCGGCUCCGAGCAGCAUGCUGGAGGGCGGCCGUCGAGGUCUGCGCGCACACGUGCGUGCCCCGCUGCGGGCGGGCUGCUGCCUUCCUCCUCCUCCUCCUCCUCCUCCUCCCACCUCUGCUCCUCCUGCGGCCGGCGGCGGGUGUGCGAGGGCUGGCGGAGCGGCUGGAGCCGGCUGUGGGACGGGGCGCGCCGGCCGCGCUCUCCACUCGGCCGCGGAGCGCAGGGGCUCCCUCUGGGGACGCCAAGGAGGAGGAGGAUGGGGAGGGAGCAAGGAGGAGAGGGAGGAGAAACCGGCAGCGCCUUCCCCGCCCAGGUGGAGAAGGGGCGGCCCCCCACCUGUCCCGGAAUAUAGGAUGAGAGGAGGUGGGACCGCGGACGAGGCUGUUUCUCUGGAAAGUGGGAGGAAGCACUGUCUUGUCACUCAGAAUCACAUAACAUGCUAAGUUGGAAGGAACUCAUCAGGAUCAUCUAGUUUAACUCCUGGCCCUACACAGGACACCCCAAGAGUCACACCACGUGCCUGAGAAAAUUGUCCAAACACUUCCUGGGCUCUGUCAGGCUUGGGGCUGACUGCUUCCCUGGGGAGCCUGUUCCAGUGCCCAACCAUCCUCUGGGGGAAGAACCUUUUCUCAAACCUCCCUGACACAGCUCCAAGCCAGUCCCUCAGGUCCUGUCACUGGUCACUGAGAAGAGAUCAGUCUCUGCCCCUCCUCUUCUGUUCAUGAGGAAGUUCUAGCUGCAAUAAGUUCUCCCCUCAGCCUCCUCCAGGCUAAACAGACCAAGUGACCUCAGCCACUCCUCGUAUGGCUUCCCCUCAAGGCCUUUUACCACCUUUGUUUCCCUUCUUUGGACACUGGCUUUUUAUCAUUCUUAUAUUGUGGCACCCAAAACUGGGCCCAGGUGAAGUGAGGCUGCCCCAGUGCCGAGCACAGCAGGACAAUCCCCUCCCUUGCCCAGCUGGUGAUGCUGCACCUGAUGUACCCAGGACAGGGCUGGCUCUCCUGGCUGCCAGGGCACUGCUGGCUCACAUCCAACCUGCCAUCUUCAGGUCCCUUUACAUGGCACUGCCUUCCAGCAUCUCAUUCACCAACCUCUCCAUACAUUCCAGGUUGCCCCAUCCCAGGUGCAGAAUCCAGCGGUUUGUCUGUUUGCUUGUUUGUUUGUUUAACAGCACUGAAAAAAGACAACACCAACAAAUACAUGAAUGUUGAAAUUAAACCUUAAUUAUAAUAAAUUGCACAGUCAGUAUUUCAACACAUUG